GGCCCCACUUGGCUCGGAAUCUGCCCGUUCCCUCGGCGCCGACCGCCCCGGCCUAGGCGCCCGCGGACCAUGCGCGGGGCAUCCCCCGGGGAACCCGGCCCGGCCGAAAGCCCGCAAACACCAGGCUCCCGGCCCCAGGCCCCUCCCGGCCGGCCGGCCGUCGGUCCUCACCCUGCCCCGCGCCCCGGCGCCGCGUGAACCGGCGGGGCCAUGGAGCGCGCGCCACCCGACGGGCCGCUGAACGCGUCGGGGGCGCUGGCUGAAGAAGCGGCGGCGGCGGCGGCAGGGACGCGCGGCUUCUCCGCCGCCUGGACCGCGGUGCUGGCCGCGCUCAUGGCGCUGCUCAUUGUGGCCACGGUGCUGGGCAACGCGCUGGUCAUGCUCGCCUUCGUGGCCGACUCGAGCCUCCGCACCCAGAACAACUUCUUUCUGCUCAACCUCGCCAUCUCCGACUUCCUCGUGGGAGCCUUCUGCAUCCCCUUGUACGUGCCCUACGUGCUGACCGGCCGCUGGCCCUUCAGCCGAGGCCUCUGCAAGCUGUGGCUGGUGGUGGACUACCUGCUGUGCACGUCCUCCGUCUUCAACAUCGUGCUCAUCAGCUACGACCGCUUCCUGUCCGUCACCCACGCUGUCUCCUACCGGGCCCAGCAGGGGGACACUCGGCGGGCGGUGUGGAAGAUGGGGCUGGUGUGGGUGCUGGCCUUCCUGCUGUACGGGCCGGCCAUCCUGAGCUGGGAGCACCUGUCGGGCGGCAGCUCCAUCCCCGAGGGCCAGUGCUACGCCGAGUUCUUCUACAACUGGUACUUCCUCAUCACGGCCUCCACGCUCGAGUUCUUCACCCCCUUCCUCAGCGUCACCUUCUUCAACCUCAGCAUCUACCUGAACAUCCAGAGGCGCACCCGUGACCGGCUGGACGGGGCGCGCGAGGCGGCCGGGCCAGAGCCCCCGCCGGAGGCCCAGCCCUCUCCACCCGCUGCGCGUGGCUGCUGGGGCUGCUGGCAGAGGGGGCGAGGGGAGGCCAUGCCCCUGCACAGGUGCGGGGUCGGGGAGGCGGUCCCCGGCCCCGAGGCCGGGGAGGUGGCCCUGGGGGGCAGUGGCGGGGGCACCGUGGGCUCGCCCACGUCCAGCUCGGGCAGCUCCUCGCGGGGCACAGAGCGGCCUCGCUCUCUCAAGAGGGGCUCCAAGCCCUCGGCGUCCUCGGCGUCACUGGAGAAGCGCAUGAAGAUGGUGUCCCAGAGCAUCACCCAGCGCUUCCGGCUGUCGCGGGACAAGAAGGUGGCCAAAUCGCUGGCCGUCAUCGUGAGCAUCUUCGGGCUCUGCUGGGCCCCGUACACGCUGCUGAUGAUCAUCCGGGCCGCCUGCCACGGCCGCUGCGUCCCCGACUACUGGUACGAGACGUCCUUCUGGCUGCUGUGGGCCAACUCGGCGGUGAACCCCGUCCUCUACCCGCUGUGUCACUACAGCUUCCGCCGCGCCUUCGCCAAGCUGCUGUGCCCCCACAGGCUCAAGGCGCAGCCCCACAACCCCCUGGAGCGCGGCUGGAAGUGAGCUGGCCGCUCCCCCAGGCCGCGCCCCGCCUCCCGGGCAGCGGCCUCCGAGUGUGAGCCCUGCCUCGUCCUCGGCCACUGCCCACCGCACGGGGGGCCUCUCUUGGACCAACUGCCUGCACUGGGGGCGGCUCGGUGGGUGGGCCGAGCUUGCUGCCUGAACUGGCAUGGGGGUGGCCUGUGCUGCCCCCAAGUCCUAGGUCCACCCCAGGAAGGUCUCAGUCAGUGUCCACGCCCCCAGACAGUGGUGGCCAAUGCUGUCCACCCUUCGCACAACUGCUGCUUGACGCUCUUCCCAAAGCAAACGCUUGGUGUGUGCUCCGCGCUUCCUGGCCUAGGGGUCUCGGCCCACCGUGGGCGCGUCCCACACAUACUGCACACACCUGGGCACGCGGGUCUGCCCUCCCUGCCCGCUCCCCACGAGCCCGGGCCGCCAGUCCUGCUGCCGGCCAUCCCCUGCUUCAGUCCGGGCCCAGCUCCUCCAGCCCCCUUGCCUCCGGCACCCACAGCCCCAGAGCGCCAACGGCACCCGGGCACUCGCUGCUGCUCCGCUGUUCCAUUCUGGGCGUCUCGGGAAGACAAAGAAGAAAACACAUCUGUGAACUCGCUGUUCCUUGGAUGUUUAAUCAGGAGACGAGACUGCAGAGCAAUCCGGCAGGAUUGGCAGGUGUGGGCUCCCACGCCCUCACGCCUCCGGCUCAUUUCCGGCGGGGCUGCGCCAGCUGCUCCCGCCCCCUGCCCCCCGACUGGCGGCUCCGGGAGCGGCCGAAGCUGGACGCCCGCCUGGCGGCUCCACCGGCCUGUCCUGGGACUGGCGGUCUGCGAGGCCCCGCCAGCCCUGCCCCGGGGGUCCUGAGGCGCGUGGGGCAGUCAGAGGGGACGGGAGCUGGGGUGCCGAGUGGGGGGCCGCUUUGCCAUGUCUUCCGCACCGUGGCCCCCUGCAUGCCCGACCUGCCCUGCGCCCGCUGUACCGGCCCUGC